UCUCCUCUCUCGACAGCUCAAAUCUGCUCCAUUACGUAUUUACUGACAGACUGAUGAGAGUUUUCACGGGGACACUCCAUUUGCACUGCGGUGCACUAUUUGGGUAGAUAAAAACCUCUGCCGCAACCAGGCAGUCUGAGUUUUUUUUUUCCCUUCAAAUUUUUUCCUCUAAGAUCUUCAAAGUCUCCAAAAGGGGAGUCUGUCCGUUUCUCCUUCACCGCUUACAGUACAGUCGCCCUGGCGAGCAGAAAAUAACGGACCAUACUGAGCUCAGCCUUCGCUCCUGCAUCGCUCCUCCGGACAAGGGACACGAGCGUCCCCGAGUCCAGUUGCGGGACUUUUCUUAAAACAGAAAAAAGAAAGAAAUAUGGCUCUGGACUGCUGUCGAACUGUAAUCCUCUUACAAUUCCUGGGGUUCUUUCUCUCGUUUAAGGACGUUUCAGUCCAAGCGGAUGGCAGGGUCUUCAUCGUGGAGUCCAAGAGUGGCUCUGAAGGGCUGGACGCAGAGGCAGCACAGAGGGCCUGUGACUCGGAAGGUGGGCGUCUGGCGUCUGUGGAGGACCUGAGGCAGGCUGUGGCUGAGUGCUCUUUCACUGCCUGUACGCGGGGUUGGCUGGCCGGCCCCACCAUUGGGACAACCGUGUGUAACAGUCUGGGAAGUGGACAGCAGAGCAUGACAGCUGUGGUCGUGAAGACAGAAAAUGCAUCCACAGCAAGCGCCCAGCUUGAUACCUUCUGUAUAAAGGACAAAGGUAAGCCAUGUGGAGACCCUCCCUCCUUCCCUCACACCAGCCUGCAGGGCCACACGGGCUUCGAGAUGGGCGACGAGCUGCUGUACGUCUGUGCCCAGAGCUACGUCAUGGCCAGCGGGCGCAGUGCUUUCAGCCUGCUGUGCGACAGCUGCGGGGAGUGGUAUGGACUGGUCCAGGCCUGUGUGAAAGAUGAGACGGAAGCGCAUAUCGAUUACGAAGACAAGUUCCCCGACGGAAGGCACUUGUCGUACGAGGAUCCUGAAGAGCCGGAGGACAGUCAGGAGGCUCUGUCCUUCGGCGAGCACGAGGACACCGAGCAGGAGAGGGGGGACGCGAGGGGAAGGGAGGGGGAGCAGGGAGCAGGGAGAACGGAGGGGGAAGGAGAGGAGGAGGUGGAGGACUCAACGGAUAGGGACUUCCAGGAGCCCACGACGCCCACAGAGUCGCCGGUGUCCCUGCUCAGCCAAAAACAUCUGUUUUGGUUUCCCUCUGAGACUUUCCACGAGCCAGAGGAGCCGGGAGAGAAGGAGGUAACGGCCAGGGAAGGAGGGGGACCCGUCUUCACGGACGGCGACAACCACAUUGGAGUGAAGACCUCCGGCAGCGCGACAGAAGGGCUGCCAGGUUUUGAUGACGGGGAGGACUUCCCCAUUGACCUGCCCGCGGGAGACCCGAAGAACGACACCAAGCAGGCCACGAAGGAUUCGGUCGCCAGCACCGAUGAGUCCUGGCUGGACGGCUACCCGGUGACGCAAGAGGUGGCCGAGGACGGGGAGAAAGUGGGAGGCGGCAGCACGGAGGCCGAGGACGGGGAGGUGCCGGGAGCGACGGACCGCCCGAAUCACGUGGAGAUCAGCCGGGCGGACGCGGCCAGCACCGCCCCGUCCCCCGGCUUCACCCAGAUCGCGGCGGCCCCCACGGGUCAGAUCCACUACGGCGUUCAGCGCCUGCCCGCGGCACUGACGCCCAGCCCGGCCCCCGAGACCGCCGGCACCGGCGAGGAGGAGGUGGCCCCGCGCUUCACGACCACACCCUCUGAGGCGGCACAUGCCGACACCAUCGCCCCCUCAGAAUCGGCAAGCGAGGACCACGAGCUCGCGGUUACCCCCACCGUUGCCUCCUGGGAGACAACUGAGGCUUUGUACCCCAUCGUUGACCACAUGCCGGAGCCCACAGACUCGGACGACAACACCACGCCCUACCAGAUCCCCAGGGAGACCACCGCCGGGUCAUCGGACGACUUCGCGGGGACUGGCCUGUACGAAGAGCCCAUCACAUGGAACCUCACGCACGCGCACGGUCCUGGAGCCAAACUGCGUCCCACUGCGGCGCCUUGUGUGGGAGAGGACUGCCCCCAGCACAGCAGCGGGCCGAUGAUCGCCGUGAUCAUCGUUGCCAUCUGUUUGCUGGUCGUAGUAGCCACACUGGCCGUCUGGUGCUACAAAAAAAGGCAGCAGAAAAGCUCUGUUUACAAGAUGAAUGGGAAGGGACAGACUAGACACCCCCAGCAGAUUGAAAUGCAGCAGAAGGUGUAGCUUUUACUUAGCGUUCUCUUUCUUUUCUUUUCUUUUUUUCUCACGAGGAGCGCAGAAGCCAAACAGAAAGGUUAGAUCAACUCCGGUGGAAGCCGAGAACAGACUCUUUGUUUGGAGACGAGGGGGACAUUGUGGUACAGAUUUUUAUUGUGUUCCUUUAUUUUUCUGUGAGACUGGUUGAGUAAUUUUCUUUCUUUUAGUCUGGUUCGAUGUUGCUUGUUUUCCGCAAUGAUGAUUGAAGCUUCGAAAUACCAAGGUAACUAAGUUUUUCCUGAGGUAAAAGGGUCUCACUGACGCCACACAUGACUCCAAUGUGCAGCCAGAUUAAUAGAAUGGAGCUGCACAGUAGAAUCAGAGGAAGACCGUCCUCAGUCGACUACUUGUCCCCAUGCCAGCAGUCCAGUUUCUGCUCCUGGAUGCUUAAUAAGCACAGACACAACAAACUGGGAAAAGGCCUUGGUAAAACUCUUUUGAAAUGUGUUCUAGUCAUAUUCCGUCCUUUUGUAAUUAUUAAGAAGUACUAGAAGCUUUAAAAAGCCCUUUUAGCAUCACCUAAAAUUUCACAUCUGGUACAUCUGUCCUGUGUUUAAUUACUUGGCUAAUGGAAGCACCUCAUACUUCCGUCAGUGACAGAUUAGACUUCAGUGGUUUCAGACCGUUGAUAUAACCUUCUUGGAAUAAACAUCUACAUCUUGCCCAUUAAUAACAGUACAGUAUUAUUUUGAUAUAUCUUUGUAUUUAGUAGGGCUUUGUGUAAUUGUGGGUAGAGCUUGCAUGUGUUGAAAAGCACAGCUGCAAAACAGCACAAUCGGCAGAAAGCAGAGGCAUGAGAGCUAGUGGAAACCCAGCAUGCAUUUCAGGAGAAAGAUGUUACAUGUACUGUACGUACAAGGGAGUAAUUUUAGAUAAUGUGAUUCUGAGGGCAAAUGUAAAACAAACAGAUUUUAUAUGUAUCAGUGUGAUAUUUUCACUGACCGCCGGAUUCAGUCUUAUUAAACAAAUACCAUAAAACACAUCCGAAUUUCAGGAACUCAAAGACACUGGAUGAAAUUUUGAUAACAGAGCUUUGAAAAAGAAGGAUUUUUCACAAUUUUAUUUGCCGUUGAAAACAGUUUUUUUGGACAAUAGAGUUGAAUACUCCGCAUCACAACUCUUUUCAGGUGUGCACAAAUAUAAGAGACGUAACAACAUUAACUAUAAAUGUGAUUUUUUGUAUGUACGUGGACAUUGUAUAGUGUAGUGCACAAUUUACAAUAAAGAUUCACAUUCUGCGAGGUAUUUUGGGUGCAUGGCGAAAUAUGACAGCUCUGAAUUAUUUCAGGAGAGCUCAACCAUUUUUCAAUGAUCUAAAAAAGAUCAUUUUACAAUUUGAUAAUCCUCACCAUGCAUAUACUGUAUUUAGAACACAUAAUCAGUAGUUUUGCAGUUACUAAUCAAUGGUAUAUUUGCUUAAAAAUGUCUCACCUUUUUUUAAUUCAAUGACAAUUCAAAUAUCUAUUAAUAAUUUGUGACUGUGUUUGAUGAAUUAGUUUCUAUACAUUUUUAUGAAGACCUACAAUGUUUUUGUCUAUAUUAUGUCUGAAAAUGUUUUGAAGUCUGAAUUAUUUUGUGUUAUAGAGUAGCUUAAAGUGAAGGAGGGGUGCAGAACAGUAUACUCUUUGCUGAGUCUAUUGCUGUUACAUCACAUGUCACUGGAGGGUUUUCACGAUGAAUGGGAUUGGUUUUGCUUGCAGAAUACAGGGACUUAAAUUGUGUUUCCUCUUUGUGUGUGUUUAUCAAAGGGUGCUUCCUUUUGACAUCUGGGAACAAGAGCUGUCCACAAGCCAAUGUUCGAAUCUAUCCAAUAUAUCCACAGUUUAUCCAUAGAGGUUAUGUCCUGUUGUCUGAUAUUUGGGGAGCAAUGCCUUGUUAAAACCACCACUCUAGAGAAUAAAUAUCUUUACGUUAA